GAGACGAAAAGGGGGGAACCUGAAAGAGGUACGGUUUACGGGGAUCGAAGUUUUUCCACACUUCGGAGCAAUGUGCUGGAAGCGGCGAUUAUUAUUUGUUUAAUGGCUACAAGUAACGUUCGCUGUAUCACGUUUAUUGUUUAUGGGUGUUUUCGUUUUUGUCGUGGCGUGACUGAAGGAGUUCAGAGGAAGGUCGUUGGAAAAGCUAUCCGCGUUUUUUCCUUUUCCUGCAUGAAUCCGAAGGAGUUCCUGGGGUUGUGUUCAUGUUUUUAUUCCCUACGUCUUAAAAGGUGUUCUUGCUGUGAUACUGCGAAGAAGUGGAAAUACUUGGGAGGUGCAUGAACCACUCAAUCAGCGACCUGUGGAUUACAGCAAGAUAGCCAACUCGAUCCCAUUACUAUAACUAGUUAAUGUUAUCUAGUUAGGUUAUUAGGUUGAUAGACAUUCGGCUAAAAACAACUGGGGAUUUUUUGGGGGAAAGAAGAGGACACAUUUCGACAUUACUAAGAAUUUAAAAAUGUUUUUUUGCUUUAUUAUAUUAAAAUACGGUCUCUGAGUGUUUUACCAAAAGCACGACCGCCCAUAGCUAAUUCCAUGUAUUUUCAACAUUGUAACCUGUUUUGUCGUGGAAUGAGUCCGUAGUUAGUAUCCCGACUUGUUCCUCUUUACUAGUUUAGUUUGCACUGUGGGAUUUAUUUUUUCUCGAAUCGGAAGACUUUUUUUUAUAUAGAACAGAUGAAAGUGACCCAUCCCUUAUAAUUGUGGAGAAAAUGAAGCUUUUUAUUCGCAAAUGUAUCGCCAGGACCCAAGAUCACGUUAUUUAGUGGUCAUUUGUUUCAGGGAUACUCCAAUAUCACCAAUAUUAGCUGGGAAGAUAUCAAGAUAACGUUACAACCACAUUGGACCCCCCCGGCCCCUUUUGAAGGGGGGCUAACUGGACUAGUUCUCGUCUCUCUCUUUUUUUUUUGAAUAUUUGUUUGUGUUUUCAUUUCUUUUAAACAAACUUUGGAUAUCUUCAAAACCACCCCCACGUUUUUGGAUGCACUAAAAAUAAGAGAAAACAAUCGAAGUCACAAUGCGGCUUGGGACCUCAGCGGCUGUUUUGGUUACUUUUAUCUACAUGGUGUGUCAUGGUGGGCUAACACAUGGAGAAAUCUGUCAGAGUAAAGACAUCCGUAACAACGUGACCAACCUGCAGCUGUUGGAGAACUGCACGGUGAUCGAGGGCCACUUGAAGAUCCUCCUCAUGUUCAAGACUGAGGACUUUAGGGGAAUCAGCUACCCUAAGCUGACUGUGGUCACCGACUUCCUCCUCCUGUUCAGGGUCUACGGUCUGGAAUCCCUCAGCGACCUGUUCCCCAACCUGACGGUGAUCCGAGGCAACAACCUGUUCUUCAACUACGCCCUGGUUCUGUUUGAGAUGGUGCACCUGAAGGAGUUGGGGCUCCACAGCCUCAUGAACAUCACUAGAGGAGCCGUGAGGUUGGAGAAGAACCCGGACCUCUGCUACCUCUCCACCCUGGACUGGUCCAAGAUCCUGGACACGGUGGAGGACAACUACAUAGUGUCCAAUAAGAACAACCAAGAGUGUGGGGACGUGUGUCCGGGCACGGCCCAGGGGAAGACCACCUGCCCACAGACCACCAUCAACGGGCAAUUUGGAGAGCGCUGCUGGACUCAGAACCACUGCCAGAGAAUGUGUCCCUCCAUCUGUAAACAUCGGGCCUGUACCCAACAUGGCCACUGCUGCCACGACCAGUGCCUGGGAGGUUGCUCAGAGGCAGGCAACGCCAGCCGCUGUGUGGCAUGCCAGAAGUUCCAGCACCAGGACACCUGUGUGGACCGCUGUCCCCAGGGAUACUACACCUUCAAGGGCUGGCGCUGCGUCUCUCUCUCCUUCUGUCAGGACCUCCACAACCAGUGCAAGAACGGGAAGGGCAACGACUGCCACGAGUACGUCAUCCACAACGGAGCCUGCAUCCCAGAAUGCCCCUCAGGAUAUACCACCAUCAACUCUACUAGGUUGAACUGUACUCCGUGCGCGGGCCUAUGUCCUAAGAUGUGUUCGGGGGUGAAGAUCGUAGACUCUGUGACAGCAGCCCAGGCUCUUAGAGGAUGCACUGUGCUCAACGGUAGCCUGGUUAUCAAGAUCCGUGGAGGAAAUAACAUAGCCGCAGAGCUGGAGGCUAACCUGGGUCAACUGGAGGAGAUAACAGGUAACCUGACCAUCAAGAGAGCCUAUGCCCUUGUCUCUCUCUCCUUCCUCCGCAAGCUACGCGUCAUCCGGGGAGAGACGCCGACCCAAGAUGGGAACUACUCGUUCUAUGCUUUGGACAACCAGAACCUGCGUCAGCUGUGGGACUGGAACAAACACAACCUCACCAUCCUCCAGGGACGCAUGUUCUUCCUUCACAACUCCAAGCUGUGCAUGUCUGAGAUCCGCAAGAUGGAGGUGGUGACAGGCACUAAGGAGAGAGGCAUCAAGAAUGAAAUCGGCAGGACCGAUGGAGACCAGGCCUCCUGUGAGACCCAGUUCCUGAAUUUCACCACGGUGCGCACACAGUCGGACAAGAUCCUCCUCAAGUGGGAACCUUUCUGGCCGCCAGACUAUAGAGACCUACUGGGCUUCAUGGUCCUCUACAAAGAGGCACCUUAUAAGAACGUGACAGAGUUUGAUGGCCAGGAUGCGUGCGGCUCUAACAGCUGGGUGAUAGCUGACGUCGACCCUCCACCCCGGGCCACGGAGGGGAAAGAGCAGGCGGAGCCUGGCUUCCUCAUCCAUCCUAUGAAGCCCUGGACCCAGUACGCCAUCAUGGUCAAGACCCAGCUCUCCGCCUCAGAUGAACACCAGGUCCUCGGGGCCAAGAGCGAGAUCAUCUACGUCCGCACCAAUGCCACCAAGCCGUCCGUGCCACUGGACCCCAUCUCCUCGUCCAACUCGUCCUCUCAAAUCAUCCUGAAGUGGAAACCUCCCACAGAUCCCAACGGGAACAUCACUCACUACCUGGUGUACUGUCAGCAGCAGCCCGAGGACAGCGACCUCUACAAGUUCGAUUACUGUCAGAAAGGAAUGAAGUUGCCGUCGCGGGCUCCUACCCACCUGGACACUGAAGAGGAACAGAAAUGGAACCAAACAGACGAGCCUGGGCCAGGGAGCCGCUGCUGUUCCUGCCCCAAAACAGAGACCCAGCUCAAGAAGGAGGCCGAUGAGUCUGAUUACCGCAAGACCUUUGAAAACUACAUCCACAACGAAGUGUUUGAACCCAGACCGUCUCGUCGGCGCCGCUCAGUGGGUGUGGCCAACGCCACCCUGCCUCGCUUCCUGACCACUCCCCCCACCCUGCCCAACGCGUCGACCACGCCCAGCCCAGGGGGCGAGGGGGCGGAGGGCUCCAAGGUGACACUUGUGGUGUUCGCCAAGGAGUCAACCGUCAUCUCCAACCUGCGCCACUUCACCAGCUACCAGAUAGAGAUCCAUGGUUGUAACCACCCCUCGGACUCCCAACGCUGCAGCAUGGCCACUUACGUCAGCGCACGUACCAUGCCCGAGGAGAAAGCUGAUGACAUUGUGGGCCAGGUGAGCCAUGAGAUUUUGUUGGAGAACCCAGACUCUGUCCACAUCAAGUGGCUGGAACCCAAAGCCCCCAACGGCAUGAUCAUCCUGUAUGAGAUCAACUACAGGAGGAUAGGAGACCCUGAGGAGCUGCAUCACUGCGUGUCCAGGAAGACCUACGCCCAGAUUGGAGGCUGCAGGCUUCGUGUGGUGCAUCCUGGGAACUACACUGUGAAGAUCCGCGCCACCUCGCUGGCAGGAAAUGGCUCCUGGACAAAACCCACCUAUUUCUUCAUGCCCGACAAGGACAUUGUUUCACUGAACAUUAUCAUUGGCCCAGUCAUCUGCUUCAUCCUGCUGCUCUUCGUGGGAGGCGGAGUCUUCAUGGUCUAUAAGAAAAAACAAAUUGAGGGACCCACUGGACCUUUGAUCGCCUCGUCCAACCCGGAGUACCUGAGCGCUAGCGACGUAUACAUACCGGAUGACUGGGAGGUGGCGAGGGAACAGAUCAAUAUCCUCAAGGAGCUGGGUCAGGGGUCGUUUGGCAUGGUCUACGAGGGCGUCGCCAAGGACAUCGUGAAGGGAGAGCCGGACACGCGUGUGGCAGUGAAGACGGUCAACGAGUCGGCCAGUCUGAGAGAGAGGAUAGAGUUCCUCAACGAAGCCUCCGUCAUGAAGGCCUUCAGCUGCCACCACGUGGUGCGUCUGCUGGGUGUGGUGUCUAAGGGCCAGCCGACUCUGGUGGUGAUGGAGCUGAUGACCCACGGGGAUCUGAAGAGCUUCUUGCGGGCGCUCCGUCCAGACUCCGAGAGUAACCCCACAGGGAAGCCCCCUCCCACUCUGAAGGAGAUGAUUCAGAUGUCUGGAGAGAUAGCAGACGGCAUGGCCUACCUCAACGCUAAGAAGUUUGUCCACAGAGAUCUGGCUGCCAGGAACUGCAUGGUGGCUGAGGACAACACCGUCAAGAUCGGAGACUUUGGUAUGACCAGAGAUAUCUACGAGACGGACUACUACCGCAAGGGAGGGAAGGGUCUACUUCCUGUCAGGUGGAUGGCUCCUGAGUCGCUCAAGGACGGAGUGUUCACCGCACAUUCAGACUGCUGGUCGUUUGGCGUGGUGUUGUGGGAGGUCAGUACCCUGGCAGAGCAGCCGUACCAGGGCCUGUCCAAUGAGCAGGUCCUCAAGUUCGUCAUGGACGGAGGAUACCUGGACAGACCAGAGAACUGUGAACAGAGGAUCCACAACCUGAUGUCUAUGUGCUGGCAGUACAACCCCAAGAUGCGUCCCACCUUCCAGGAAAUCAUCGAGAUGUUAAAGGAGGACCUUCACCCCAGUUUCCAGGAGGUGUCCUUCUUCUACAGCGAGGAGAACAAGCUCCCGGAGACGGAGGAGUUUGACUUGGACCUGGAGAACAUGGAGAGCAUCCCGCUGGACCCGUCGUCCUACUCCCAGAGAGAGGACAGAGACAGUCUGUCCAGAGAUGAGGGACCUAGUCAAGGCCUGAGGGGCAACUACGAGGAACACGUGCCCUACACGCACAUGAACGGUGGCAAGAAAAACGGACGAAUCUUAUCGUUGCCCAGAUCCAGCCCUUCCUAACAUUUUCUCUUCUUUUCAGCUCCUUUGAUUCUGUCGUUUUCUAAUUUUUUUAUUUUUUAUUUUAUUACUCUUUCAGAAGCCCUUCAAAAAAACACAACAAAAAAACAGAUCUCAGGACUUUUUCUUUUUUCAUUUCUUCCUCACAGCUGCCAAGCAUGGCAGCACAGGAUGCAAACGUUUUGGUAUAUGUUGAGACAUUUUCGCAUUUAUCCAGAAUCAUCUACUACAACUUUCUACUCUCUUUAUUUUGUUUUUCACAAUUGCCAAGUUUCCAGGACUGGUCGCUGGGAGAAAAAAAAAACUGUGAACACACAGCUUAAAGAACCAUAAGGCUGCUCCAGACCUCUCUCUCUCUCUCUCCCUCCCCCUUUCUCUCCCUCCCCUCUUCCUCUCCCCCCCCCCCUCC